AUGUUUGAACAACAGAGAUCAGAGAGCCCUGUUGGCAACCUGGAGAUGAAGAAGUCUGCCAAAGAAAAAGUCACGCCGGUAUCGAGCGAGGAAGAUCUCAGCGAUCAGCCACCGGCACAACUAUUGUCCACGGCGAGAGAAAUUGCUUUGGUGCUAACAUUGGCCGGAGCUGGUUUCCUUAAUAUUAUCUUUGUGCAAUCUGCUGUGAUUAUGUUGCCAUCCAUUAGCGAAGCUCUCGGAAUACCCCCGAACCGACAACAAUGGAUCACGUCAUCAUACAAUAUAGCAUUUGCCUGUGUUCUACUUCUCUGGGGUCGUCUUGCAGAUAUCUACGGCCGGCGAAUCUUUUUCGUUUAUGGUUCGAUCUUUGUCACCAUCAUUACCGUCGUGAUUCCCUUCUCCCCCGGCGAAAUUGUCUUUGACAUCUUACGAGCGCUGCAGGGGCUCGGUAGCGCCGCAACGGUUCCGUCCGCGGUCGGAAUCCUAAGCUCCACCUUUCCACCUGGUAAAAAGAGAACUUACGCGUUCGUUACUUAUACCGCCACUUCGGCCUUGGGAUCGGUAAUGGGAAAUAUUAUGGGUGGGAUCAUCGGCGCUUACCUCAGCUGGAAAUGGGUCUUCUGGAUCAUUGCUAUUCUUGCCGCUUUCACCACGGUGGCUGGUAUUAUUGUUAUUCCUCGACCUCAGGCGAAAACUAUUGAUUCUGAUAGUAAAUUAUAUGUCGAUUGGAUUGGAGGAGCGUUGAUAUCGACAAGCUUGAUUACUCUUUUGUUCGCUCUCACAGAGGGUGGUGGAAUUGGGUGGAGUACCCCUUGGAUUCCUGUGCUCAUUGUGGUAGCGCUCCUCCUAAUGGUGGUCUUUUACUUUUGGCAGCGACAUUUGGAGCGUACCGAUCGCAGUCCACUAGUGAAAGUUUCCAUGUUCAAAAAUAUGCAGUUUACAUCUGCUUUUGCUAUUAUCGGGUGUUUUUUCGCAUCUUACAAUAGCUAUUUGAUCUUUGCGACUUAUUUUUAUCAGGAUUAUCUCGGGCUAGGAGUUAUCGAAACAACAGUACGCUUCCUUCCAGCUGGAGUUGCUGGCCUACUCGUAUCCUUCGUAACAGCCAAAGCCCUAACCAUCUUCCCUGGUUUCUACGUCCUCGUCUUCUCAACCAUCUGCGGCACUCUAUCUCCUCUCCUCUUCGCCGUACCCAUUUCUCCAAAUACAACAUAUUGGGCCUACGGUUUUCCCGCCAUGUGUCUCUGCAUCAGCGCAGACAUGUUAUCACCGACAAUUAAUCUUUUCGUGGUACGUCGUCUCGACGAACGCGAUCAAUCGCUUGGAGGCGCGCUUUUAAAUACCUCGAAUCAAGUUGGUAGAUCUCUAGGUUUGGCAAUUGCAACGGCUGUGCAGGGAGCGGUGGGAAGUACAGGGAAAGAGGGAAUUUAUCGUGAUCCAUCGAUGCUUAAGGGACUGAGAGCGGCGGAGUGGGUUAAUGUUGGGUUGGCUGCUGCGACGCUUCUUUUGGUUUUGGUAUUUUUUAGAGGAACGAGGCAUUCGGGUGCUUCUUAG